AUGGGAGAGUUCCUAACUUCUACCUCAUCGGGAAAUCCAUAUGAGGCUCUUUGGAAGAAAAUAUGGAACACAAAGAUUCUUGGGAAAGUGAAAAUCUGCUUAUGGAUGGCUGCAAACAAUAUCUUGCCGACUCAAGAAAGUUUGAGUUACAGGGUGUAUACUGGUCCCUUCAAUUGCUUACUAUCUAGUGAGGCGUUGGAAACAAAGAGCCAUGUGUUGUGUCAUUGCCCUGUUGAGCAAGAGGCCAUUGAAGCAGCAAAUAUUCCAAUUGCUGGUUGUCUGCCAGGAAGUUUCAAAGAAUGGCUUUUGUAUCAGGGUUACCAUCUAAAUAGAGAAAAAUGGGAGAAGCUACUUAUGCUAAUUUGGGCUCUCUGGAAAAAUAGAAACAGUAAGUUGUGGAACAAUACUUUCACAAGUGCUCAUGAGAUUGUAGUUACCACAUGCACUUGGUAUGAACAAUUUCUACAAGCGCAGAAGACUCAGUUGCAUGAAAAAGUUGCCAAACCGGGUAAACAUUGGACUCCACCAUCUAGCAAUCAACUCAAAAUCAAUGUUGAUGGAGCUUUCUUGCCUUCUAACGAUAUUGGAGGUAUUGGUGGAGUAAUUAGACGAAGUGAUGGUUCUUUUGUGGCUGCUUUCUCUAAGUAUGUGCAGCAUGUCUCAUCUCCAAAGCAAUUGGAAUUGUUAGCAAUUAGAGAAGGCCCGGACUUUCUAAAGCAAAGAGGCCUCCAUGAUGUAUGCCUUGAAAGUGACUGUCAAGUUGCGAUCCAACAAAUUGAAGAGGAGGACUUUGACCUAAAUAAAAAUGCAAACCUGCUGCUCGAUAUACAACAGUGUACGUAG